AUGGCAGGUGGUGGAGUGGAAAGUGGAGCACCUGGGAGAAGGGCUCAUCUUUACGAACACAGAUUCACUUAUUAUUUCGCUUUUACAUGUAUUGUUGGAGCUCUGGGUGGUUCUCUUUUCGGUUAUGAUCUUGGUGUUUCAGGUGGGGUGACUUCAAUGGAUGAUUUCUUGAAGGAAUUCUUCCCGGACGUGUAUAGAAGGAAGCAGCAGCAUCUGCAUGAGACGGACUACUGUAAAUAUGACAACCAAGUGCUGACACUGUUUACAUCUUCUCUUUAUAUCUCAGCACUGGUCAUGACAUUCUUUGCUUCCUCCUUAACAAGGAAGAAGGGAAGAAAGGCCAGUAUCAUAGCGGGAGCCCUUAGCUUUCUGGCUGGAGCAAUCCUCAAUGCAGCAGCUAAGAAUAUUGCAAUGCUAAUCAUUGGCAGAGUCCUUCUUGGUGGAGGCAUUGGCUUUGGUAACCAAGCUGUUCCAUUGUACCUUUCGGAAAUGGCUCCAGCCAGGAACCGAGGAGCAGUGAACCAAUUGUUUCAGUUCACAACUUGUGCUGGAAUCUUAAUUGCUAACUUGGUGAAUUACUUUACCGACAAAAUCCAUCCCCAUGGAUGGAGAAUAUCACUGGGUUUGGCAGGUGUUCCAGCAGUUCUUAUGCUUAUAGGAGGUCUUUUGUGUGCUGAGACACCUAACAGUCUUGUGGAGCAAGGAAGGUUGGAUGAAGCAAGAAAAGUAUUGGAAAGAGUUAGAGGUACCAAGAAUGUUGAUGCUGAAUUUGAAGAUCUUAAAGAAGCCAGUGAAGAAGCACAAGCUGUGAAGAGCCCAUUUGGGACACUCCUCAAGAGGAAGUACAGGCCACAGCUGAUCAUAGGUGCCUUGGGGAUUCCAGCAUUCCAGCAGCUAACUGGCAAUAACUCAAUCCUCUUCUAUGCUCCUGUCAUUUUUCAGAGUUUGGGGUUUGGUGCUAAUGCUGCUCUCUUUUCAUCGUUUAUUACCAAUGGGGCUCUUCUUGUUGCCACCGUGAUCUCAAUGUUUUUGGUUGACAAGUUUGGUAGAAGAAAAUUCUUUCUGGAAGCUGGCUUUGAAAUGAUAAGCUGCAUGAUUAUCACAGCAGUGGUUUUGGCUGUGGAGUUUGGACAUGGCAAAGAACUUGGGAAAGGAAUCAGUGCAUUUCUGGUUGUUGUGAUCUUCUUGUUCGUAUUGGCAUAUGGUAGAUCAUGGGGUCCCCUUGGUUGGUUGGUUCCCAGUGAGCUAUUCCCAUUAGAGAUAAGGUCAGCUGCACAGAGUAUUGUGGUGUGUGUGAACAUGAUCUUCACUGCACUUGUUGCUCAGUUGUUCCUCAUGUCACUUUGCCACCUCAAAUAUGGAAUCUUCUUGCUCUUUGCUGGCUUAAUAAUCUUCAUGAGUUGCUUCGUUUUCUUCCUUUUGCCGGAAACAAAGAAAGUCCCAAUUGAGGAGAUUUAUCUUCUUUUUGAAAACCAUUGGUUCUGGAAGAACAUCGUAAGGUCGGACCAAGACAGAAAGACAUCAAAUGGGAAACCAGUAGCUGCAGUGUAA